CUCCAGCCGUUGGCAGGAACCAAUCCUCACCACAUGGAGAUAUUCAAAGCAGUGGCAUCAGAAAAAGGCGUGCCCAGCAGCACACUGGCAGUAUGUCAUACGAUGAUACUGGAGGAUGUAUCCAAGCUCCCCCAAGUAGACAGCUCAGGGAUCUCCCUAAGCUCUCUGGACGAAUCACACCUAGGCCUAGUGAAUCAGAUGUGGAAGUUUGCAAAGGAUGAGAUUGCUGUCAGCAUGAUCCGCAACAUGAUUACACACUUCCCCUCCUGCUGCGUGUUGGAUCCAGAAGGAAAACCGGUGUCCUGGAUGCUGAUGUAUGUGUCGUGUGCCAUGGGGAUGUUGUACACGUUGCCAGAGCACAGAGGAAAAGGCUACGCCAAAGUCGUGGUCAGCACCAUGGCUAAGAGACUCCACACUGAGGGCUACCCAGUGUACUGCUUUGUAGAGCCUGAGAACAUGGUUUCCUACAGACUCUUUAAAAACCUGGGCUUUUCUGAAGAUCCUUUAUACAAACAUGUCUUUUAUACAUUCAAUGAGCAUAAAAUAUUUCAAGGGUAAUACAGUUAUAAGCAUAAUACUGUAUAUUCUACCUUAAUGUUAGGCUCAUAUAAGUUACUUUUGGAAUUUGAACUAAUUGGUUAGCAUUUGUAUCACAGAAUAUGGGUUACAUGAUUUGAAAAUAUUAGUUGGAAAUUAGGGUGAAAAGCUAAUGUUUUUACUUUCCUACUGCAUGGGAGUAUGUGAUACUUUUAGUUCUGGUUCAGUUGCCUUAAACUGAAAUA